AUGGCGCCCACCACCGACCUCGUCCAGGAAGAUCACCACAACAACGCUUCCCCCUCCCCACCGCUGCUGCUCAAGGUGAAGAGGCUGUCCCCCAACGCGGUCCUCCCGUCCCGCGCCUCCGCGCACGCCGCCGGCUACGACCUCUCCAGCGCCGUCCACACCACGAUCCCGGCCCGCGGCAGGGCCCUCGUCGCCACCGACCUCUCCGUCGCCGUCCCCGACGGCACCUACGCGCGCAUCGCGCCGCGGUCGGGCCUAGCGUGGAAGCACGGCAUCGACGUCGGCGCGGGGGUGGUGGACGCCGACUACCGGGGACCCGUGGGGGUGCUGCUCUUCAACCACUCCGACGCUGACUUCCCCGUCCGGCCAGGGGACCGCGUCGCGCAGAUGGUCGUCGAGUGGGUCGCCGCGCCGGAGGUGGUCGAGGUGGACGACCUUGAUGCCACCGUCAGGGGCGAGUGCGGAUUCGGGUCCACCGGGGUCUGA